GCAACUGUGGGCCGAGACCACAACAAAACAUGGCCGAGGCAGCGGCAUGCGACUUUGAUGAGUGGCUGAGAGACACUCUGGUGGCGCUGGACACUGAUGACGAAGUGUUCAGUCCCUACAUCAAGGGCAUUCUAGAGGGAGAGGAGAAUGCUGACGAGAAGCUGGACGCCUUGCAGGGGAUCCUUUCCGAGAUAACGGAAAAUGGGAUAGAUGACUUGUGCCAAGAUAUUCUACGAAAAUGGAACGUGAGAGAGUCCAACGGUCCUGCAAAGGAAUCCAACCCCCAGGUGUCAGCAGAUGAGUGCCUGGCGCGCAUUAUGGGAGAGCAGGCCCAGAUGGUGGUGACGACUCGCGUCCGCACUCAGGAGGAGCAGAACCUUAAGAGUGCUAUAUUGGCUCAGUAUGCACAGGUGUCUGAUGGAGAAGUGACGGACAGUGAUGGGGAAGAGGAAGUGGUUGGCCUCCGCAACACCAAUGCAGAGGAGGUGGUGCGAGCAGAACGGGAGAAGAGAGAGAAGGACAAAGAGGAGUCUCAGCGCAAAAAGGAGAAAGACAAAGAGGAUAGGCUGAAGCAGAAGAGCAAGGAUGAUGAACGUAAGGAGAAGGAGAAGAAGAGGACCCAGAAGGGGGAACGGAGACGGUGAUCGGCCUCAAUUUUAGUUUUCAGUUAUUGCUUUAGUGUUUUAUUUGAUGCAGUUACAUCUCCAGUAUGGAUAGGGUUUGCCCAAAACAGUUAUAUGAUAGUUAAGGGGGGUCAGUUUUCUAUUUAAAAAGAAUAUUGUUGGAAAAAAAAUUGUGCAUUUUUAGCAAACUAACAUGGGUUCAGUUUUGACCUUGCUUUGCAAGAUUUAUUUACUUGUAUACUCCAAACUUAAUUUUACUCUACCUGUGAGAUUUGUUGUACUUGGAACUCAUGACCAAGCACACUUGUUGAGCAAAAGAGGUUCAGAGGAUGCCUUGACCUCCUUGUCAUAGCAGGCCUUAAUGUGACUAUUUUGUUCCUCCUUCCCAUCCCAUCCUCCAGAUCUCCCUUAACCUUCCCCUCUAUCCUGAGGCACCACUUGACUUCCCUUGCCAACGACUAGGGUGUAUUUUACUUGCAUUCAGUGCAAGUUAUAUAUCCUUUCAUAGGUUUAUGUUUGUAAUAAAUUAUAUCAUACUA